CGUUAUCUUUAUGGCGAUCCCCAAAGUCGAUAAACCUCAUGAGGAGACAUCAACGGGGCCUUCGUCAAGUGGUAAGAAGGGAUUUACAUCUUGGAUAUCAUCUCUACUUUGCGGCGGCUCUCGGGCUGAUAAGAUAGACACGCCAGUGCAUGCUCGGACACGCAGAAAUGAGAACGAUUAUUACGGAUCUGGCAGCAGCCAUAGAGACGCGCAGCCUCUUGCAGUGGAUCCUUCGACUAAGGCGCCGAUCAGGACCGUAUACGACUCAAGACGAGGCAGAGGCGAAUAACGUCGAAGGCUCCCAGUACCGGUCGGCAUCGGGGUCUAAGGUGCCUCCGGGGGACUUGUUACCUGCGGUUACUUCACGAACUCAUCCCGAGAUGCGCAUGAGCUCUAGAGAGAUGCGGGAUAUAUUCAAGUCGAUGGCAAGACUAGCUGACCAACGACGGCUCACGGGGAAGCAUGUGCAGAAAGGUGGCAAACUGAUCUGUGUCGGUGUCAACAAGAACGACCUCGAAAGGGCACAUGUCCACGUACCUCUUUCUAAGGGGUAUCCUUGGCUCACUAAGAGCUACUCUUACGGGCCCAUUGGGGGUAACUCAGGGAGAACAGCGACUACGACAGCGACCCCCGGGGGUAGUGGCAGCUUUGCUGGUUAUGACACGCCAACAUUGCCUAAGAGUUCUCUGGGUGGCAUCGGGCGGACAGAUUUACAGAAAACUGUCAAGUACAGGUAUACACGGACAAGGAAAGGGGUUGUUGACGAUGGUCUUCCCCCUGUGACUUUACGUAGACGGUAUUCGUUGUGAACACUGCACAGCGAUAAGAAUGUGGUAAUAUUAUA